AUGUCGGGGGCGAAAGACAAGUCUUUGAUCGAUAUGCUCUUGGCCACUGUGGAGGACAGCAGGGUGGAUCUGAAAUACGGACGACAGACACGCACUGAUGGUGAGAGUGCAUUCUUCGACUUUAGCUGUGACCUCACCCGAGCCCAGUCUGAUGAGCUACACGAAGAAGUGGCACGAUUGAAUUCGAAACUCCGCGGCAUCGACCCUGAAUUUAUCAUGACCGUCCACAAGGCCCUUCGUACUGACGUCGACACUGAACUCGAAGGCGAGCACCACCUGGGGGAUAUCCUACCCCGCAACGCUCUCCUAUUCUUUCUUGAAUCUUGCCUUGACCUCAUUCCGACUGAUGCGCAUGAGGAUGUUGUCUUGCGGGAAGUCAAGGCGAUUCUGCCUUUCUGUGAGCGGUACAGUAACAACUGUCCUCGCAAUCCGCUGCAGCAAGCGAUCAACAACAGGCCGACAGUAUCCCAGCCAGUCACCCCCCAAAACUUCGCCACGACCCUCUUAUCCCUAAAGUCAUACCUACAGGCUUCAGUCACCCACGCAAACAGGUCUGUCGAAUCUGUUGCGGGUCAGCAUGGAGCACUUCUCAAGCACACCAGCAUGAAUGCUCUCAUGAAGAAGCUAGGAAAUGCGACCGAUGUCCCCUAUGCUACAUCCUUGUUUGAACAGGUGGCUUCUCUUCACGCUGUUCAGUAUGGUAUUACUGCACGUGCCGCGGCCCAGUCGAACGAGGACAUCAUUGCGCUCAUUGACAAAAUACUGCAUUCCAUCGAAUCCGGUAAUUUGUGA